GUAAAAAUCAUACAAUUAGAGUUUCAAUUGACUGCAUUAAUGUUCAUAUCAAUGUUAUUAAUAUUUGGAAUACCAAUAUUAUCUGCAAAUGCCCUUCUACCCCGUCGCCCUGGAACUUUUGUAUCUCACACAAUUUUUUUUUAUAAAACUUGAGAACCCUGUUAACAGAGUGAUAUGUUAUAAUGUAUGUACAAAGAAACUCACUGUAAACAGACGGAAAGCUUCUCUCUGUCUCUGUCUCUGUCUCUCUCUGUCUCUCUCUCUCUCUUUCUCUCUCUCUCUCUCUCUCUCUCUCUCUCUCUGUAUGUAUAUGUAUAUGUGUACUGUCAAGGGCAAAUAAAUCGUUUUCUACCUUCCUGUUGUAGGUUGUCACAAUCUGUGAAUUUGCUGACAUAGUGCAUAAGUAUGAAACUAUCAACCAAUCGUUGAUAGUUCAAGAAGUAACGAUCGCUGAAUAAUUACGUCACGUAAUAAGGCAGGGAACACACAUAAAAGACAGGGACACAGAACUGUUUAAACCACACCUCAUCAAGAGACAGAUCUUCAAAACCUCAAGAGCCAUCCAAAGAGAUUGAGAACCACCAACAGGUAAGACCAAUACAUUUUAAGGGGUAAACGGAUUUAACUACUAACUAGCAUUACACCUUUUCAUCUAACCAUGCAGUAUAAGACUUAAGUCUUAUUCCAGUUAAAAGCUGCUGUGCAAAGUCUCUUUGGGAUCAUGAACUUUCUUCUAUCUUAUUGGUUAGAAGCUACCUGAUCAUAUGACAGUAUUGAAAGGAAAGAGCAAGCACCUUUUUAAGUCAUCAAGCCAUUUUUUGCCACUGCUUUUUAAAUUCAUAAUGAAAUAGAAAUGUAUUUUUUUGUCCUGCUUACCUUGAAUUAAGAAAUAUACAUAUUUGAUCAUUUAUUUUGUCAGAGCCGAGAAAUUCAAGACAGUUUACUGUGUAUGUAUUGGAUGACAAUUAGGUUAUUUAUGGAGUAAAAUCCAAGUGGAUGAAAUAUUCUGUUUAUGUCAAAGCUAAGUGAUGUGCGACAUAUGUUGGACUACCUUCAUUAUAUUCCAAUUGAAGAAACAACUUAUCUUUUAUUGGGCUUACACACACUCCUGUAUGUAUGUAUGUAUGUAUGUAAAUCAUGCCCUUAAUUCGAUGUAAAAGUGGAGUCAGGUGGCUGAGCGGUUAGGGAGUUGGGCUAUUAAUCAGAAGGUUGUUGGUUCAAUUCCCCGGCUGUACUCACUGUAAGUCGCUCUGGAUAAGAGCGUCUGCUAAAUGACUAAAUGUAAAAGAAUAAAUAAAAUUCUUCACCCUCCCAACUUUUCUAAGAUAAAAACACCCUGGCUGUCCUUCUCUGACCAGGGUUUGAUGCAACUUAGAGUUUCAUAUGGUGUGCAUGGGUGCUCCGUUCCAGUAGUGGUUUUUGGCACGUGCAAAGUGGGCAGACCUUGCCCAGUAUGGAGGAAUUAUAGGGGCCAAAACUAACCAAUUAAAUAAUUAAAUAAUUGAAUGGCAAAAUACAUGAUCUUUAAAGGAAGAUUUCUUCAAUGUCAUUUCUUCUGUCUCUUUCUUAUAGUUGCACCACAACUAGACUGCUUAUCCAAAUGAAACAAAUUCACAUGUAGAAUUACUAUACAAUUAUAUGUUUAUUUGGAUUUAGCCACCACACUGAUUUAAGCACAGGACAUGCAGAAGACACAUUUGAAAAACAUUCCAAUAAGAAUCAAUAUAAGUCAACGUGGUAAUACAGUUUGACAAGAACAAUAGAUAUUGGAAUGUAAGUGUGGUGGGGUGAACACUUAAUAAUUAGCUCCACCCAUAUUAUUUGAAAAGUCUUAAUUGGUAGCUCCACCCAGACCAGGUAAGGCCAUUUAAAUGUCCAGGUGUGGAGCAUUACGUGUGUUGCUCCCGUUAAGGGUCGGAGGAGUCGUGAGAGACAGGGUUGGAUCGCAAUCCAUGUGGAGCGUUUCCCAUUCUGCAGCGCAGUACAAAACUUGUUGGACUCGUAGCGGGGAUUCUGCGGCAUACCCCUGCUCCCGUUAACGGUUGGGGAAGUUACAUGUCGGAGACUGAGCCAAAAGUCGUAAUAGACUUGAGUUUGGACCGGCUGAGGGCCUGUGGACUGCUUUGCUGCUUUUGUUCCCUGCUCCGUCGAGUUUGCUACUACUGGCCCAUUAUCGUGGGGGGACGAGGCUAGUUCUAACUAAUCUGACUGGACUAGCUGGUGACCGAUACCGGGGCUAUCCUGAGUAGCGUGUAUUUGAUGUGUGUUAUUUGUUUGUUUUUUAUUAUGAUGCACUGACUAACUUUGAGGGUUUAUCCCUGUCUGCCUCAGGAGGACCUUUGUGGUCUUACGGAGUUUCUCCACCAUUAACCGUUGCUUUGUAGUUCCACCCAAGUUUGAUUUUGUUUUAUUUGUGUGAACUUUCUGUUUUUUGGUUAUCGUGUGAUUUUUUUGGGGGGGUUGGACUCUCCCAUUUAAAGUGUGUGCAUGUAUCUUAUUUUGGCACGGAAACUAACUCAGACCAUGAAUGUUUAGCCCCGGCUCCUAACUGAUCACAGUGCAUCUUUUACUAUUGUUCCCUUUGCUACUUACUAUAUAAUAAAUUAUAUGUAUUUUUGGGGAAAUCACAUCUCUGUGUCAUUUAGUUGACUGACCCGCAACUUUUCGAACUGGUUAUUGUGCUCAGGCACACGCUUCCACAUAAGCUAUAAAUAGGGUGAUAUUAUUAAAGAUUGUGUGUAUAGUUUAGAGUUGGUGUAUAUUAUGUACCACAUUAUGCUUAAAGGAAUCAAAAAACUUAUAUUAAACAAUUAUUUUCUUUCCCUUUCCUUAGGAACAAUGUCUUGUCCAAGCUACCAAUAGCUUAAGAAAGGGAUCUGACUGCAGGGAAGACACUGCUAUGCUAACUAAAGCUAAUGAUAACUGGGAGGAAUACUUGACUCCUGCCCCAAUGACAAUUGCUUUUCUUGGAGAGCUUGUCUUCAUUUCUGCCAAACAAGACUUCUCAAUUAAGGAUGGCGGACCAGUUGAUGGAUUCAAGUUGAUCAAAUAUCCAGACUCAUUCCGUGCCUGCCUGAUGCAAGUGUGCAAUUCUGGUUGGCGAGCAUUCAAUCAUGCCCACAAGAACAUGGACAAGAUAUGCUUGCACACUAGAAAUGUGCCUGCAUACAUGAAGAGGGCAGUGCGAAUACUUCUUUAAGAAGAUGAUUUCCUCAUUGAAAACGUUCUUCCUGAUGUAUUGGAAAACAUUGCCACCAUAUCACAGGAGUGUGUGGCAUUGGCCCAAUCCUCUGAAAAGAGUUUCAUUGAUGUCACUGAGUUGAUCUCUGAGCUUCUAGAGACUUGCACAAGUUCCAAACAGAGCUAUGGCAUAAAAUUGGAGGACGUUAAAAAAACUAUGGCUCAAGAAAAGCAAAACCAAAUCUUGCUUGAAGAGGAAGAAAAGCGAGCUCAGGAAGAGUUUAAGAAACAGGGUAAACGGAUUGAAGAGGCUAAUCGAAUGUUCCAAGAAGCAAUGGAUUCAUUGCCCUCAGGAUGGGAAAUCAUUGGAAUGAACUUUGUUGAAGGAUUGUUAAAUUCUGUGAAUGAUAUUCUUACUGAUGGCAUCAAAAAUCUGAAAAAUCCUCUUGGUUCACUUGUUCAUCAACUUACAGGUCUUGGAGGGAAAAAAAACUUAAGAGGGGGACCAGCCACAGCCGGACAUCCUGGAAACAAGGCAAGCAACAUUUUUAGUAAGACGUGCCUCCUUCUGCCUGCUGUCCAGUCUUUGAGCGGCUUCAUUCAGAAAAAUCAAAUCCAAUGGACAUUGGUUGUUGACCCAAAAACUGGGAAGUCAAAGAGUGACUGGAUAAAGAAGAACGUUGAAGACGUGAAAAUACCAGAUGUAAAGAAAAGUCCUGCAAAACGCCUUGCUGAAAACAUUCGUCAGGAAGCUAUUUCUAUCUGCUCUGACCUGACCCAAAUGACCCCUAAGGGGAAGCAUAAUGAUGCCAACAAGAACAAAGCACUGGUCCAGCGAAUCAAAGAUCUUAUGAAAUCUGCACACAAAUUUGAUUCUAUGGGGAAAAAAGAAUCCAAUACUUCCUCUUUCCCAGUCCAAACUCCUGCGAAGGCAAAAGCCCAAAGCAGCCAGUCAUCAUCUGCAACUGAAACAGCAACACAAAAUGCCCGUUUUCGCAUUGAGCAGAUGCGAAUUCAACUUGAUCAGGCUACACAGCAAUAUGAAAAAUCUUUGGAAAAAAUGGAACGUAAGAAAAGAGAACUAACAGAGACCUUGAUGAAGUUGAGAUCCUAUGAGGUCAAAGAGAUUGACUUUGAGACCACUAUCAGGCUUCUGGCCAUUGGUCUCACAGCCAUGGGAAGGUUGCAGGAAAAGUGGCGUAAAAUGGUGCAGUUCUUCCAGAUGAUCUCAAACAUCAUAGACACUUCCCUGAAGACAUCUCUAAAAGACUUUGUUGAUACCGCUAAAAUUCCACAUCCCGAAAACAUGAAGUAUUCAACCAAAAUGUUUUUGAAAGAUCAGCUAUACCAACAGACUUUUGAAGCAUCCAACAUUGCCAGCCUGGUUAACAUGAUCUCUGGAACCUACACUGAGAUCUCCAGCAAACACCUGAUGGAUCGAAUCGGCAGCCUGAGUAGACUCAUGGCCUUGGAUUCCGAAGGCCCUCAGUUUGUAGAAGAAAGACACAAGCUGGCUGCAUCUUGUGACGAGGCAGAAGAAAGUAUUCGAGAGAUUGCCCUGAAAAACAAAAAAGAGUACGAGUUAAAAACCAAAGCAAGGCUCCAGAAAAUCGAAAAAGAACUGAAUGCUGUUUUGCCUCCACCAUCCAAGGAGGAGCAAGAGGAGCUUAAGGAGACCAAGGAUGCAGUCUCUGAAGGGUUCCAGGACGAUCCAGAUUUCAGCCAGUUUGAGUAACCCUUUGAAACGCAAGCUUUGCAAACCCCUUCUAAUGCACAACAUGGGUCUAAAACGACCCGUAUCCAUUUCCUCUGUUAGUCCAUGUAUAGCUGAAUGUUUCUUUGCCAUAGCAUUUGCCAUACAAAACACAACUACCACCCAGCCACAAGAGAAGCUCUAACCAUCAAACUAUGAAGCUGGGGAUAUCUCCUGAGCCCCAUGGUGGCUUUGUACAUUGGAUUUUGAAAUCAGAUCCAGAUAUGCUCCUCCCACAAGGCCACAUCCAGGGCCUAGUCCUCCCCGGCAGAGAAGGCACCUGUGUGCCUGUUGAUGAGUUAAAAUCAUGUGAUUACAAUUGAUACAAUACCUGAAAUGUUAAAUUCCUCAGUACACAUGUGGCCACACCAUUUAUUUGUAUCUUUGAGCCUCUUUGAUUCUUUAUCAUAUGAUUUAUGCAUGUUAUUCUGAAAUGAUUUAACGGUUCCCUUUUCAAAUCCCAGGAGGGAGAUGUUUAAGGAGUAAACAUUCUUAAAACUAAACUAGUUUUUUUGUCUGUGCUUAGGAGAUGUGGAUGACUUAUGCAGAUUUGGGGUAAUUUUUUUACUUUCCUGUGUACUUGAAUAUGAUACAAUCUGGACAUUAUGUAAGGAAUUGUCCUGCUACUCCUCCUUUUAUUCAUGUUAAGCUUGUAGUACUUACUUUUCAAUAAAAAAAAAGAAAAAAAAAAAGAAACAAUAUAUUUAUUGGAGAAAACAUUUAAAUCACUACCACAACACCUACAUCCAAAACCGUAAAACAUUAACAUGCUUUUUAUUUUAAUUUAAUUUUAAAUGCCCCCCCCAAAAAAACGAUUAAAGUAUUAAGAAGUCAAAUAGGAGAAAGCAAAAGGUGACAAAAGUGAAUUCCUUAAAUCCUGAUGUAAAGAUGAAGAACCUCUGAACCUCUGAACACAUCUUAAUAUUCUGGAGACAGAAAGGUGAGGACAAAGAGACUCAUUGAACUAUGAUUCAUACAGUAUAAGUGACUCCAUAGACAGCACUCAUUUAAAGCUCACCAUCAGGUGAUCCAAGUAAUCCAAAACCUUAAAACAUAAACAUUAACAUGUGAAAUUAAGUGUAAAUCAGACAAAUUAGGAAAUAGUAAAAAGUUAAAAUAGCAAAAACACCAAAUAGCUGUUU